AUGCAAAACAACCAAAAUUUCUAUAGAAACGGGUACCCACGAUAUGAUAGCUUUCCCACGUCUUCUAGGAGUUACGGCGUGAGAAACGAUCGAUAUGAGCGUUGGCACGAAGAAGACGACGAUUGGUCGACGCCGAGGAGAGAGGAGACGUGGAGAGGAGAUUCCCGUCGAAACCCGGGUUCCCGUGCUGCUGAGGAGCGCCGACGGAGUGAUAGCUGGAAAUCGGGUUCUCCAAGAGAUUUCCGACAUGGUAAAGAUCGCGCUCCAAUGCCCAUCGACGACGAAUUUCUGGAUAGAUAUGGUGCGAAAAGGCUGAAUAAUGGAAAUCUAGUGGAUAGAGAUGGUUACACACUGAGAACUCGUGAUCCAGACUGUCGGGCGCCCUCUCCACCCACAUUCAAUCCAGGAAGAGAGAUGCGACGAUCAGGAGAUGGAAAACCUCCACCUGGUCUAGCGAAUAGGCUUAGUGAGGAGGAUUUAGACAAGAAAGCUCGUCAACAAAUAGAAAUGAUGAAUCGAAUGGCGACGACGCAACAGAAGGACGAAGAGAAAAACGAGAAGAAACAACGGAAUGAGAGAAAACGGAGGAAUCCGGAUGAAGGGGAAGACGAGUAUGAAGAAGUCGAGGAGCCACCAGUGAAAGAAACACCGAUUGAGACCUCCAACCCCUACUGCAACAACAUCAAAAAGGCACUUCUGACGUCUCCGCCUUCUUCUUCUGAAUCCUUUCAUCAUUCAUCGAAUUAUUUGGGAAAAAACCCUCGAAAUAUCCCAUAUCGACCCGCAAUUUCACAACAGAAAUCAUGGUUUCAAGAGUAUAAGCAACGGGUGGACACAUUGAAGGAACAGACGUAUGGCCCCUCCCCAUCACUUCCCGCCGCCACGCCCGGCUACUUCUUCAAGUCUCAACCCACGCUCUCCACGUCAUCUGGAGCAUCCACAACGUCUCCAGGAGCUCCAUUCUCCUCCACAUCAUCACCAUACUACGCGGUGGCGGCGACGUCUUCUUCUUCUUAUCUCCAGAAUCCUCAGAAUGUGAAUCCAUUCGGUGUGCCGAGAGACGUCCCGAUUCCCGACGUCGUCUAUCCGCCGUCGACGCCGACGCCUCCUGGAGCCACGUCACGAUAUGCGAAUCAAUAUUUGAAUGGGAUCAGUGUGGCGUCGAGUGCGACGAUGAAUCCAUUCGGCGUGUGGAGUGGGAAUAGUAAUGAUGGAAUACAGCAACUCGCCCACGCACCCCCACCACCGCCUCCUCCAGAAGACCGCCGACGCGAUUCAUCGGAUUCGGAUUCAGAAGACGAGGCGAUGACGAAACUUCGACAGAUUAUCGAGAAUUAUGGAUCGAAACGUUGA